CUGUUGGUGUGUCCGGAGUGGUGUGGUGUUGGUGUGGCGUGUCCGGAGUGGUGCGAGCUGUUGGUGUGAGCUGUUGGAGUGAGGUGUUGCGUGUCCGGAGCGGAGUGUUGUGCGUGGCUUUUACGAGUUAUGUUUCCCUGUGGUGCUGUCAGGUGGCGUUGUUGUGUUUUUCACCAAGUAGAUUGACAAUCUUUCCAUACCUAUCUAUACUCGUGGAGUUUUUCAUCUGGGUACAGAUACAUUGGGGAGGCUGCUGCUCAGGUGAGCGUCUAGGGAUGGCUCCCUAUCGUUAAACCAUUUUAUUGUCCACUGCCGACCUGGCUAAUUACUGCCCAUUCUGAGGAGUUGGAGACUGCUGCUAAACUCCGUAGCUUGUCAGAAAGAGGUGAUGGUGAUGGGGGUCUUACCGUCAGCUGCACCAAAAUGGCAGCCUAGGAACUCUGUGUCAUCAACACUCCCUCGUCCCUCCGUGAGUAACGGUGUCGUUUUCACGGAGGGUUGACGACUUCUCAUAUGUGGGCAGUGUGUUCGAGACCAGUUCCAUUGCGGCAGGAGGGGGGAGGUCUCGUUCAGAAUUCGUCGAGCAGCAGUCCAUUGGCCGCGCGUAAGCUGCCUUGGCCUGUUUCCUCCCCACGAAGCUUCGGCUGGAUCUUUUCAGUCGCAAUCACCCCCCCCCCUCUUAUCUGUGCCUGCAAAAACGCCUGCAACCCACCUUGCAACAUGCAGACGGCUCUGCCUACGAUCCGACCUGGAUGUAUCCAUAUUGGACAUUUCAGAUCCCUGAGAGAUCUGGACCUAGUCCCAGCAUUGACCUCCGCAACAAGCGAGGCUGCAUGGCCUGGGUCAUGUAGCCCGCAUGCCCAGCCACCGCGUUCCCAAACAGCUUCCGUUUUGGCCGGAUAGAGGGGGCUAAACGGGUGCUGUAUGGGCUAUGGAGAAAAUGGGCUAAUGUGGUACAAGAAAAUGUCGACCUGAUUGGACUUGCGAAUCACUGGGUCCAGUGGUGUCAGCCUCUGUGGAGGAGGCCCGUGAAAGUCGCUUCUGUGCAGUUGAAAAAUACUGCUGGGCUGUUGGGAGGCAAAUAUGGAGGAGGGUAGAGGAGUGACCCUCACCAGCGAGCAUAGCGAUGGGUAACUAAAAUACAGUAAGGUGGCACGGUAGGGAGCGUAGGUGGUGCAUGGCCGAUCGUUCAAAUCAUAUAACCUGUAACACCUGGGUCUACCCCUGUACCUCCUGACAACGAGCCUUUGAUACUUCACGUGGCCUCAAAGUGCACCGAGUUUGGCACAAGCGCCAUGAUGACAUUACCACCACAUAGUGGCAAAUGGCAGCUAAUUUGGUUGUCGGUCGUCUCUAGAGCCACCGCCAUUAUUAGUGUUAUGCACAAUGUCUAUAUCCUGCAUAGCAUGUGUAUUGGGUGUUUGUGUGUGUGUGUGUAAUUUACACUGCGUGUGUCUCCGUGUGGGGUGUGAACGCCGCUCAUCCCCCUCAGCUCCACGCCGCGCGGCAUCCCUCGGGCCACGCUCACGCCCCCCCCCCCCCCCCCCACGGCACCGGCAGUUGCGAUGGCAUCGGUGAUGUCCGGCGGCGUCGACUGGCUGCUCUUACCCUUCGACCUGUACGUGGAGAUCUUCCAGUACCUGACGGCGGGCGAGCGGGCGAGCGCUCGCGUCGCCUGCCGGGCGUUCCGCGCGCUCCUCGACCACCCGUGCCUGUGGCACGACCGCACGGUGCGCCUGCGCGAACUGCACCGCUACGACGCGCGCACCUGGCGCACGCUGCAGGGUCGGCGCGUCAGCCGCGUCGAGCUGGCGCGCGCCGCCGCCAAGGACCUGCGCCGCCUGACCGCGGGCCUGCCCGACGUCACGGCCGUGCGGCUCACGGGCCCGCCGCGGGCCGGCGCGCUGGCGCCGCUGGCCGCGCUGGCGAGGCUGCGCGACGUGUGGCUCGACGACUGCACGCGACUGUCGGGCGCCGAGCUGCUGCGCGACGUGGCGCCCUUCUCGGGGCGGCUGACGCACCUGACGCUGGGGAACCUCACGAGCUUCGGCGACGACGACCUACGCCAGCUGGCGCGGCUGCAGAACCUCGAAGCGCUUUCGCUGCGUCGCUGCCUCAAGAGCUCCGGCGGUUUCAGCAUCUCGGGCCCUGCGCUACAGUACGUGCUGUUCCGGCUGCCCAAGCUGCGCUCGCUGGCGCUGUACGCAGCCGGGCUAUCGAGCGACGGGCUCUCCCUCGCCUUCACGCCGCCCUGCCAGGACCCAGCGUGUAACGCAGAGGGCGAUCUCCCCUGCAUCAAGUCGCUGGCGCUGGAGAACCUGGGGCUGACGCACUCGCUGAGCUGGCCGCUGUCUGAUGAGGCGCUGGAUCAGCUGGCGAGCGUGCGCACGCUCCUUGUCAACUCGUGCUACCUGUUCCGGCGGAGAGACCUGCCCAUCCGUGAAGUCACCGCUAUCUUCCAGCGCCUACCCAAUGUCGUGCACCUCGACCUGGGAUCCACGAACUGCAAGAACGCGGUGCUGGAGCACGUGCCGGCGUCGUUGCAGUCGCUGGACCUGCGUGACUGCUACAGCAUCUCGGGCGCCGGGCUGCAGUUCCUGUGGGAGCGCGCGGGCACCUCGCUCCGCCACCUCAACCUCUCGCUGUGCAACCGCGUGUCGCACCAGCCGCUCGCCGUGCUGCACAAGCUCUUCCCCAACCUCGAGAGCCUCGACCUCAGCUCGUGUAGGGGCGUGACGGAGGGCGUGCUCAGCUCGCUGGCGUGCUUGCCCCGACUGCGCAUGCUGUGCCUGCGCGCGGUGCCCGACCUCCCCGACGACGCGCUGCGCCGCUUCCGCACGCUCACGCACAACCGCGUGCUCCUCACCCUGCCCCGCGAGAAGGAGUGCAACCACCAGAUGUACGGCCUGCGGGGUCGCGACCGUUACACUCUCGCCUGCCCGUGAGUCCCCACGCGUUCACGCAGGGAUCUCCGGGGGGUCUCGGAGGCUUUCGGGGUCCCCGCGGGGGGCGCAGGGAAGGUGAGGUUGAAUGACGUCGGAGAGAUGGAGCCCCCAUGAGGAAUUCUGGGGUCCCCCCGCAUCUCCGCUCCUCCCUUCCCCAAUUCGACCCCCACUCCCCCCCCUCGGCGAGGGGGCGGCCCCCACUUCUCUUGCUCCCUGUGGGAGACGCGAUGGCACUGCCGCUCCCGCUUGAACUUACGUGGGGGGACGGAGGGGCCCCCCAAUCCGUGAGCGUGGGCCGGCACGAGGAAGGACGAGCAAGACAGCCGGGAUGGCACGCGACAUGGUGACCCAGCUGGGUCGGCCACCCAGGUGACCCGGUGACCUGCUGACCCGAUGUCCUGUUGACCCAGCUACACAUGGUCAAGGCAGGCGGAGGCGUGGAUGAGAAUGCAGCCGAACUUUUUGAGUUUUUCAGUUGCGAGGGGUGGAAUUUACGCGAGGUUCCGUGUGCGCCCAUGUGGAGGAGGGGCACACUUCUAUGGGCGGGUGCGGAGGGGUAGCGGCUGCUCUCCCUGUGCCCCCCUCCCUUCCCACUCCACCAGGACCCCCCCCCCCCCCCCCCCCCACUCCCCACACUCACCGAGCCCCCACCCCCCUCCCUCAUUCCCCAAACAAGAAGCCACUUACUCCAGUCUGGGCAACAGUUCACGGCUUGCUCAUUGGGGCAAAUCGCAAUGAUUGUGCGAGCGGCAACAGCAAUAGCAGCAGCAACGGCAAUUAUUAAUUGAGGUGGAUUGGGGUGGUGUGUGUGUGUCAGCCUGGCUUGUAUGGUAAUCUGUGCUUGUGUGUAGUGUGUGCGUGUUUGUGUGAAUGUGUGUGGCCGCGUGUGGUCGUGGGUAUUUGUGUACAAUCGUACCUGGUUGUACGUGUGCGUGUGGCCAUGGCAUGUGUGAGUGGGUGUGUGUGUGGCUACGGAUGUGGUCGUGUGGUCCUCCCUGUUUACCGGAGAGUGCUGGAAUUAACUUACUGAGCCAUUUGCUUCUCGGUAACAAAACAAAUUAAGCAGCACAGUGGGGUGGGCGUGGUAGAGAGAGGGGAAGAGAUAUGCAGGGAAAAGUUAUUGUUAGGAGAGGAGACGGGCAAGAAUUAGAACGGAGUGUUGGAUGGGGGCCCAUGACCUCCACAACCCCUCUGGUCCCCAGGCAGGGGAGGGGCGGGGUGGGGGGUGGGGGCUCCUGUCACUCAGAACCAGUUGAGGCUCGCUCGGAGAGCCACGCCAAGUCACAGAGCUUGCCACUUUCGCUUGUUGGCAGUCAGCGGGAAACAAUAAUGAUAGGUAAUGGCAAUAUAGGUAAUUGAUGACUUAUGCAUCGGGUGAGAUCCCAUCGAGACGUGGACAUCAAACACAGGGUUGGUUGGUGGAGGAGGAUGCCGGUGUGAAUAUCGUGACAGGAGCGGGGGGGGGGGGAUCCACACGUGCACCGGCUCGGUGGAGACCCCGGGCUCGCGCGGUGCUGUAGACGUGUAGCGAUUCAGCCGCGCGAAACGUCCCCUGGAUCUCGAUCACAAUUCCUGAAGCGGUCGUUCUUCUUGUCGGUGCCGUCAUUUGUCCCGUCGCAUCUGGACGGGCGCGCCGUGGCCCCGUGUUUCUCAUUUCCACCGUUUGUCUCGUCCGUAGUGACCGCUGUCCAUGUAACGUCGAGUUUGGACUGUUUGUUUCCUCUGUUUGUUGACUUUCUGGACUGUCGGUCAUUUCCGCACGGCAUCUCUCAUUUCUGCCGUUUGUCGCGUUCUCUUCGUCUCAUUUGUUCCAUCUCGUUGGUUGUGAUUAUCAUUCUGAAGGGAAAAUUCUGAGUGUUUAUUCGCACACAGUCAUAAAAUAAUAUAUCUUUAUUUUGGCAUCGAUCAGCCCCCCCACGCCGGUCUAUGUAACACUACCCUUAGCAUCCUCCCCGACUUAACUAAAAUUCCUCUCUGCAGCGAAAGAGCCCACCGAAUGGGUCGGCUCUGGCUCGGCUCUGGCUCGGCUCUGGCUCAUCUCGGCUCAGCUCUGACUCAGCUCUGGCUCGGCCUCCAACACAGUGGCUCAGCUCGGGCUUUGAGCCGCGUAGUUUCCUUUGAAAGGUACGCGACGAGCAUGCGGCUCUGCUGUGGCCUCAGCGCUGGCUCCGCACGCAAAAUCGCGAGCACCGCUGGGGACUGUGCUCAGAGCUGGCUCGAGUUAAGUGGAGGAUGAUGACUUUCAGCCCGCUCACUUAAGCCAGAGCCAAGCCCGAGCCAUGAUUUAAGAACGUGGGCCUAAGAUUUGUUUAUUAUUUAAAGCGCCGAGUCACCUGGAAAACCAGUCGUCGUCGCUUCUCAGCGCAAACUGUUCGCGGCAGCAGUAGCAGAACGUCACUGUGUAGCCAUUUUUGAAAUCUAUUUGUUGAAGUUUUUUUACGUUUUUUACAGCGGAGCCAUCAUCUCCCUUGCUGGGUGAUGGUGGGUGGGGGGGGGAGGACUCGUUUACACGCGGGAUUUAUUCCCGGGUUUUUGCACUCUAUUUUGUAAUUUCGCCCAAAUUUGUGGUUAAAUUUCCGACUGGGGUGCAACUGUAUGAGUACAGUUUUUUGUUUGUUCUCCCCUCGUUCUUCACAGGGUUUCCUCCCAAAUUCCCACCAAAAACUAUUAAACAGAAACAUAAACCUUACAACGGCAAUCUUUUCAAACUUGCCCUCAAAUGACUCACCUUACUCGGCUCCCCACCCCCCCUACUGGCAGACUAACGGGCAUCGCCGAGCCAGUCGCUGACGUCACCGUAUGCCGCACAGGGACAGCUGCCAAUGAGAGGGGCCCUGCGCUCCGAGCCACUUUUGUUGCGUGGAUAUCGAAUGCAAUGAACGCGUCAGUUAAUUUUGUUCGUGGACAAUGCGUGUUGCUUCGUAUGUCGUGAGCAGUGUUCGCGGUGAAUCGCUACAUGCCUAUUGCAGAGAGUCAGAUGACGAUGGUGGUGUGGUGAUUGUGGUGGGGAGGGGGGGGGGGGUGCUCGGUUCUGAGAUGGCUGUGGAGUGCCCUGCCGCUUGUAAAUAUGAUUUAUUUAUGAUGACGAUGUUGAGGGCUGGUGCCAUGGAACGUCUGUUCGGUGGUCCCGGCAUUGGACCCACGCGCCUGUUCACUCUGGGAUGUCGCAUGCGCGUGCAUUUCUCAAUAAAAACAACGCUUACUGAUUUGUUUA